UCCGGGUGAGGAGCUGCAGCGGAACCCGGGCCUGUUGAACGUAGAACCGGGCUGGUCGCGUCCCCCGAGGAGCGCGGUCCCGUGUCCUCGCGCUCUCUGCCUGCUCGCGGCCCUCCUCCGCGGGGGAGGGGCCUACGGCUCCGGCCAACUUCGGGAGAAAAUGUCAGGAAUUCCGCUUCCGCUGUAGGGAGUGGACUGAGUUUUUUCAACCAACCUGAAUUUCCACGUCAACUGUGAGAUUUUGCGUUUCUGUCCCGGAACAGAACCACCGUUACGACCAUGGCAUCUUCGCCCCAGAAGUCCCCGUCCUCCCCGAAGUCCCCGACGACGCCUAAAUCUCCGUCUUCCAAAAAGAAAGACGACUCCUUCCUGGGAAAACUUGGUGGAACUUUGGCGCGAAGGAAAAAAGCUAAAGAAGUGUCCGAGCUUCAAGAAGAGGGAAUAAAUGCCAUCAACCUUCCUCUCAGCCCUUCCCACUAUGAGCUGGACCCUGAAGACACUAUGCUAGAGGAGAAUGAAGUUCGCACCAUGGUGGACCCCAACUCCAAGAAUGACCGCAAACUGCAGGAACUUGUGAAGGUGUUGAUUGACUGGAUAAAUGAUGUUCUGGUGGGCGAGAGGAUCAUUGUAAAGGAUCUAGCUGAAGAUCUGUAUGACGGACAGGUCCUGCAGAAACUGUUUGAAAAGCUGGAAGGUGAGAAACUUAAUGUGGCUGAGGUGACCCAGUCAGAGAUUGCCCAAAAACAGAAGCUGCAGACUGUUUUAGAGCGCAUCAACGACUCCCUCAAACUUUCCACCAGGAACAUUCGCUGGAACGUUGACUCUGUUCAUGCUAAGAGUAUAGUUGCCAUCCUGCACCUGCUGGUGGCACUGUCCCAACACUUCAGAGCGCCAAUUAGACUGCCUGACCAUGUUUCUAUUCAAGUAGUGGUCGUCCAGAAAAGAGAGGGCAUCCUCCAGUCCAGACAAAUUCAAGAGCAAAUCACCAGCAACACAGAGGCAUUCUCUGGCAGACAUGAACGUGAUGCUUUUGACACCCUGUUCGACCAUGCUCCAGAUAAACUCAACGUCGUCAAAAAGACAUUGAUCACAUUUGUGAACAAACACCUAAACAAGCUUAACCUCGAGGUUUCAGAACUGGACACGCAGUUUGCAGACGGUGUUUAUCUGGUGUUGCUGAUGGGGCUGCUGGAGGGAUACUUUGUGCCACUCUACAACUUUUAUCUCACGCCUGAAAACUUUGACCAAAAGGUUCACAACGUGUCCUUCUCUUUUGAACUGAUGCAGGAUGGAGGUCUUGAAAGACCAAAGCCCCGGCCUGAGGAUAUAGUGAACUGUGACCUAAAGUCGACACUACGCGUACUCUACAACCUCUUCACCAGGUACAGGAACGUUGACUGAGCAUCAGGAAGGAACACACGUACCACACACAGCUAAAGCUUAAUGACACUACGUUUCUCCAUCUGGUUUUGUAAAAGGCAGUAUUUAUUAAUAUUGUAAAACACUUAUUUUUUUACUCUACACUUUUUUCUUGGAUUGGGUCUCACGCUACAGCCCUGCAGUAUAGACACCUAUCAACUAAGUGAAACACUUCAUCAUUUAAAUUAGAGGAAAAAAUGUUAAAAUGUUCAUUUUAUCGUUUUACUCUUUCGCGUUUUAAGUGCCUGUAACAAAGUGUGCGCUCAAUGUCAGCUUCCUACUCUCAACAUUGCGUGUGCUUCCCACUCAUCUUUACACUCCUUUUUUUGCAUGUAUGGAGAAAUAUUUGCUAUUUUUGACCAAAGCUCUGUGGUACUCAUUAAAAAGGCUUUGCUCUCUGCAAUUCUGUAGCGCUAACGUAAUGUAUAUCUUAAUUUUAAGAGCUGGAAAAGGAUCCGCUUUGUGUAAUCACUCUAUUAGUGGUGUAAUACAUUAUAAACAUCAAUAUUUUAAUUUGCUACAAUUCACUCCAUGUAUUAAAUGUUUUAGGCAACACUUUGUCUUUUGGGUUUUGUUUUAAAGCAGUCUAUCUUAAGUGUGGUUCAGGCUGUGAUUUUGUUCAUCAUAUAUCUAUUUAUGUUUUAAAGCAUUACAUUUAAUAAAUCCUUCGGUCCUUUCA